CCUGCAAAAAUAGGCAGUGAGCUCCCUGUCGGACAGGUACGAGCAGGAGGUGGGUGAUAUCCCACAGGAGUUUGAGGCCUCCAGUAGUUACCUCCUGCCCCCUCAAACUCAGCAGAUGCCCUGGGCUCCAGCAAUGAAUGCCCACUCCAAGGAGAUGGUGCCCCUCAUGGGCAGAAGAACCGUGGCACCCAGUGGGAACCCUGUUGUGCUGACAGAGAAGAGGGCAGCAGACCUCACCCCCACCAAGAAAAGUGCACACUUCUUCCUGGAGAUAGAAGGAUUUGAGCCCAACUCCACAGUCACCAAGACAUCUCCUCCCAUCUUCUCCAAGCCGAUGGAUUCCAACAUCCGGCAGUGCCUCUCUGGCAACUGUGAUGACAUGGAUUCCCCUCAGUCUCCUCAGGAUGAUGUGACAGAGACCCCAUCAAACCCCAACAGUCCAAGCGCAAACCUGGCCAAGGAAGAACAGAGGCAGAAGAAGAAGCGGCUGAAGAAGCGCAUCUUUGCGGCCGUGUCCGAAGGCUGUGUGAGGGAGCUGCGGGAACUCCUGCAGGAGCUGCAGGACCUCUGCAGACGCCGCCGUGGCCUGGAUGUGCCUGACUUCCUCAUGCACAAGCUGACAGCCUCAGACACUGGGAAGACCUGCCUGAUGAAGGCUUUGCUCAACAUCAACCCCAACACCAAAGAGAUCGUCCGGAUUCUGCUUACCUUCGCUGAGGAGAAUGACAUCCUGGACAGGUUCAUCAACGCCGAGUACACAGAAGAGGCCUAUGAAGGGCAGACGGCAUUGAACAUCGCCAUCGAGAGGCGCCAGGGAGACAUCACAGCAGUGCUCAUAGCAGCAGGUGCGGACGUCAACGCCCACGCCAAGGGGGUCUUCUUCAACCCCAAAUAUCAGCACGAAGGCUUCUAUUUUGGCGAGACGCCACUGGCCCUGGCAGCAUGCACCAACCAGCCUGAGAUCGUACAACUCCUGAUGGAGAACGGACAGACGGACAUCACCUCCCAGGACUCUCGGGGAAAUAACAUCCUGCACGCGCUGGUCACAGUGGCUGAGGACUUCAAGACCCAGAACGACUUUGUCAAGCGCAUGUAUGACAUGAUCCUGCUGAAGAGUGGCAACUGGGAGCUGGAGACCAUGCGUAAUAAUGAUGGCCUCACGCCACUGCAGCUGGCUGCCAAGAUGGGCAAGGCUGAGAUUCUGAAGUACAUCCUCAGUCGCGAGAUCAAGGAGAAGCCUCUCCGGUGCCUGUCCAGGAAGUUCACGGACUGGGCGUAUGGGCCUGUGUCAUCCUCACUGUAUGACCUCACCAACGUAGACACCACGACAGAUAACUCUGUGCUGGAAAUCAUCGUCUACAACACCAACAUUGAUAACCGGCAUGAGAUGCUGACCCUGGAGCCUCUGCACACGCUGCUGCACAUGAAAUGGAAGAAAUUUGCCAAGUACAUGUUCUUCCUGUCGUUCUGUUUCUAUUUCUUCUACAACAUCACCCUGACCCUCGUCUCUUACUACCGUCCUCGGGAGGAUGAGGCCCUCCCACAUCCCUUGGCCCUGACACACAAGAUGAGUUGGCUGCAACUCCUAGGGAGGAUGUUUGUUCUUAUCUGGGCCAUGUGCAUCUCUGUGAAAGAGGGCAUUGCCAUUUUCCUGCUGAGACCCUCCGAUCUUCAGUCCAUCCUGUCGGAUGCCUGGUUUCACUUUGUCUUUUUUGUCCAAGCUGCGCUUGUGAUACUGUCUGUCUUCUUGUACUUGUUCGCCUACAAAGAAUACCUCGCCUGCCUCGUGCUGGCCAUGGCCCUGGGCUGGGCGAACAUGCUCUACUACACCAGAGGCUUCCAGUCCAUGGGCAUGUACAGCGUCAUGAUCCAGAAGGUCAUUUUGCACGAUGUUCUGAAGUUCUUGUUUGUUUACAUCCUGUUCUUACUUGGAUUUGGAGUAGCGCUGGCCUCGCUAAUUGAGAAGUGCUCAGAGGACAAAAAGGACUGCAGCUCCUAUGGCAGCUUCAGCGACGCUGUGCUGGAGCUCUUCAAGCUCACCAUAGGCCUGGGCGACCUGAACAUCCAGCAGAACUCCACCUACCCCAUCCUCUUCCUCUUCCUCCUCAUCACCUACGUCAUCCUCACCUUCGUCCUCCUCCUCAAUAUGCUCAUCGCCCUGAUGGGGGAGACGGUGGAGAACGUCUCCAAAGAGAGUGAGCGGAUCUGGCGCUUGCAGAGAGCCAGGACCAUCUUGGAGUUUGAGAAAAUGUUACCAGAGUGGUUGAGAAGCAGAUUCCGCAUGGGAGAGCUGUGCAAAGUAGCAGAUGAGGACUUCCGGCUGUGUCUGCGGAUCAACGAGGUGAAGUGGACUGAAUGGAAAACGCACGUGUCCUUCCUUAAUGAAGAUCCAGGGCCCAUAAGACGAACAGCAGACGUGAACAAAAUCCAAGAUUCUUCCAGGAGCAACAGCAAAACCACCCUCUACGCAUUUGAUGAGUUAGACGAGUUUCCAGAAACGUCGGUGUAGAAGCAUGGCUUAGAGCUGCCGUGAACAAC